AGGAGAAGGGGAAGAAAGAAGUGGGCCACGGUGUCAGGGAGGGGGGGAGAAAAAAAGAACAGACAAGAAAAGAGAGAGAGGAAAUGAUUGGACCCAAAGUCUGUGAGAAAUCACGGGGCUGAAUCAUCAUGUGCUUCCAUUUAAUCCCUGCAGUAGUAGAUUAACUGAGCAACAAUGCAAGAAAGCCACAAAGCUGAGUUGUGUGAUGAAGUGUGAGUAUGGACAUGACUUAUAUGUAUCCAGCAUGCUACUAUGUUUAUGUGCAAUAUUAACGGUUAGCAUAUACAGAAGGCCCCUUUUGUGUCUCAUUGGAAAUGUUUCAGUCUACAAUGCUCACAGGUGCAUCUUUCAGGAGAUAUCAUCUUGGAAACAGAAAUGCAAAACUUACAAACUCAAAACUCAUUACAAAGUUGGUUUAAUGACCUGAAAGCAAGGAUUAUGACUCACUUAUUUCUCCAACCAUUUAUCAUAGUAAGGAUGUAUUUCAUACUUUUUUGCUCUACUGUGUAUCUGGCUAAAUGUGUGCAGCUUUCAAGCCCAAACAUAUUUCCCUGCAGGAACAAGAACAUAUAUCACUCAAUAUUACAUCGACCAGUUAAUUUCCUUUUUCUGUAUCAUUACUUAUCCUUUCAUUUUGUAACACAUAAUAGGCUGUCUUAUCAUAUUUGAUCUUUUCUCAUAAUAUCAUGUCAUAUCAUAUUGAAUUAUACUAUUUCAUUUAUAUUCUGUAUACUACCAUGUCCUGUCCUCAUCCUUUUUAUAUCAUCAUUUAUGUUUUCUGAUUGUAGUACUUUUUUAAUCCUAAAGUCUUUUAGAUAUUAUCCUUUUUUUUUGUAUUUACAAGUUUAAUUUAUUUUUUUAUUUUCGUCAAUUUUUUGGUAUCGUAUCAUAUAACAUAUUGUAUGGCAUCAUUUCAUUUUGUUACAUUUUGUGUUGUAUUGUUUCUCAUAGUAUUGUGUUAUAUUGUAAAUUGAACCAUCUUGCCCCAUUGGACUCCCGUGCAUGAGGUUGUUAUCUGUUGUGGUGCACUCUGAGGGUGUUGUGGGCCAAACUCUGGUACUGUGACACCUCAGCUGAGGGAGACAGCCUUGAUAACCUUCCUGCCGCAUGUGGACUUAACACUUUCAGACGAACACAGACCGAUGACCUCUUUAUCUACUAUGUGGUAUCAGUUGGUGUUUUUCUGUUAAAAUAAUUGAAUUUCUGUGUCCAGUGUUAAAGCAUUCUGUGUUGUAGACUGAUGAUAGGGGGUAAGAUGAGCCAUUUUUCAUAUUGCGGAUCUCUACAUCAAGGCAUUCAUAGUUUUGUCUCUAACUAGUGUAUCUGCAUAUAUUUCAAGAUGUUGUGCAUCCCUGCAAACCAACAGAUUAAGUGUAAACAUAACUGUCUUGAUAAUAUAGCAUGCCAAAAAAAAGUGGUCUGCUAUGGUCAACUUACCCCCGAGUGUGGAAGUGUUGACCAUAGGAGCGGGCUAAGUUGAGCCGUAUCCCUACUACCCCCCUACCCCCAUAUCCCUUGAUGCCCAUCUCCUAAAUAUUUGUUCACAUGAUCAAUUUCUUUGACCAUUUUCAAGCAACAGGGGCUGGCUCAACUAACCCUUUGGCUCAACUUACCCCACUCUUCCCCUAUACCUUUAGUAGUCAUGUGAAGAACCAAAAUAUCGAGUUUUCCUUGAAUAAGGUGUCUUUCACAAUGUCUGUAAAAAUCAGAUACCUAAAGUAAACGUUAUGUGCUCAAACAGUAACAGAAAGCUGAAGAUGGUCUCAUUCUUGGAUGCAUGAUGAGAAGAGCAUAAUUGGUGCACUCUGCUUGCAUUCGUUUCCUCAGUUUUGCAUAAAGAUGCUCAGAAUAAUUUCCUCCUCCAGUAUGCAUGCAGCAGACUUCCACUAAGUCCUGAUGUAUGUGAGGUCACUGCAGCUGCUGGAUGGACAGAGAUCUGAGCAAAUGGCUGGACCUUUUAAACAGUCUUAUUUUGGAAACAAAUCAUCAAGGGUUUUUUAUAACUCCGUACAACAGAGGGCAUUCAUUGAGUUUGUACAAUGGUUUUCUAAUCCAUGUGCACCUUCUCUGACGAGGCACAAAGUCAAUCGUUUGAGAGCUUGUAGCCUGCUGCCGGAGAUUAACAGCUCCCUUAGGAAUACAGUCUGUAUUGACUCCCUGUUAGAAGGUCUGCUCUCUGCUGCUGCCCUCUGCUGGUAUGAAUACAAUUAGAUUAUAGUCACCAAAACCCUACAGAUCCAGUUGUGUUUACUACAGAAGAGAAUAUUUGUGUGUGAUGACCUCUACAUAUUAUUUAGCACUUAUUUUAGCCAAAACAGCACCAACAAGAGUUUCUUUAUUGUGAGGUUGUUUUCCACAAAGAGGCCAGAUUAUUGUGGUUUGUGACAACAACUAUUAAUUUAACAGCAAGUAGUGGCAUCUAUGUACUGCGAUAACAAUAAUAUUAAAGUGUCAAGAUAAUGAUGACCACUUACAGUUCCUGUGAGGGUUUUUAGUCGGUCAUAAAACAGGCUGAAAUUAAUACUGAUGCCUCUUUAUGACCAAUAAAGCCAAACAAGACCAUCAGUGGUAACAUUGAUCGUUUCUAUUAAAGCUCCUGUGAGGGACUUUAUGACCUUGUUGGUUGUGGUGCACCUGUGGACAAAACUGAAACUCUUACCUCUGUGCUGUUUAUGUUAUGUACAUGUUGAAGUGUUUUAUGACAAAAACAGUCUCUUUGCACUUAUCUCUCCCAAUUUUAUCAGUUAAAUUUGUCUUAUAUCACGAACACUUCCUGUAGAAAAAGUAAAAAAAGUCUUAUUUAGUUUAGAUGAUUGUCCGACGCCUACCCCCUCCCAGUCUAUAAAGGCAAUAAACUCUAACUUACAACACAGAAACUUUGCAAGUUCUCCAGUUUGUUCUUGUAAGCCACAAAGACGUGUCACUGUUAACGUUAUUCUAUUUCAACACUAGUAAAAAAAAUCCUCACAGGAGCCUUAAGUGAUUUUGGAUGCACGACUGACGCAUUUAAGAUGUCCAACAAGUGUCUCAAAGUUUCAUUUGUUACAAUCUCCUUCAAGACGGGCCUUCACUAUACUAUAGAAACAGCCCCAGUAAAGAUUCAUAGUGAGUGAUAGGCUUUACUGUUGAAAGACAGCAGGAUGAGAGUUUUCAAUGAAAUACACUAAAACUUAAAACUUGAUUGUGAGACGUUAAUACUCAGGCACUUAAGUUGUUAUUAUCCAGUGUUUACCACAUUUCAUAACAGGCGUGUUAUCCUUCUAUAUGACACCUCUAUGUCACCCUCAAUUAGGCACAAAGAAAAGAGGUGAACACUUUUUUUUUUUAAACUUGCAGAUGAAGGAAGUCAUCAUGGCCUAAGUUUACUGUGUACAAUUUAACCCCCUCCCUGCACACCGCCCUCGCUGCCUGUGGGGAAUGGGUGUGGCUCCACAGUAUCAGAUUACACACAGACCUGCUCAACAGGCCCCUCUCAGCCUCCUCCUACGCCCUCACUGCACCUUCAUUGGCUGAGAGCAAAAAACCGCUGCUCUCGACCAGCCUGUUUCCUGCAUGGCAGAGACUUUUGUCAGACGGGAAGUGACAUCACAGCACCCAGAUUUGCCACAGACACAGUGAAAACAGAUGAGGACCAAAUGACUUUCAGAUGAUGGUGACUCAUAUCAGCCUCAAUUGCACGCAGAAAACAACAAGCGUGUGUUAAAACAACCUUUUUUCUUCUGCUUCAGUGAAUUACUAUGUCUACUGCAAACAACGAGACUCCGCAAGACUCUACAUGUCAAAGUGGAGCUGCUGUGUUUUUCUGCAACCCUUUGAUGGGUGGUGAGUUGGUGCUGCUCUAGUGUGUCUGCUGCUGCUGAGGAAGUGUCACAGUGUAAAUCUAAUACAUUUGAUUCUGUUCAAAGUGUUGCUAAGUGUUGUUUUUAUGUGUUCUUUGAAGAUGUGGAGUCAGACUGGUCUCCAAUUCAUGAUGCUGCUUUUAACGGACGCCUCCUCACUCUGCAAAGACUCAUCGCUCAGGUAGAGUCUCAAAUGUGUAGACAUGUAGGCUGGGAGUUACACACUAUUUUGAGGGAAUUUUACUUCAACGUUUAACUGACUUUGUAACCUUGUUGUGUGUUCUGUUAAAAGGGUUCAUGUGUAAACCUGUGCACUUUGGACCAGGUGUCUCCCCUCCAUGGAGCCUGCAUGCAAGGACAUGUGGCAUGUGCAAAGCUGCUGGUGGAAAAUGGAGCAAAUGUUAGUAUUAUGUUAAGACUUACUUAUAACACAAGACUGUAUGUUGGAUUAUCUUGCUGUAUGAUAACACCUGUGGUUGCACAGUUGCAGCCAUGUGAGUUAUCAUUGGGUUUAACUCUGUGCAUGUAAGUGAGAGAUUAACCAAACAAGCUUAAAAAUUAGCAUCCAGACUCAUCCAUGAAUACGCAAUAACACUCUUAAAAAUAAUGAUUACCACAGCGCCUCGCAUGUUAGAUAGCAGAUCAGCAGCUUGCACCUGGAAAAUCUGAUUUUCUGCCAAAUAAUUAAAGUCAUUUUUCUAGAGAGUUUAUUGUGAGUUAAAACAGUUUUAUUUGUACCCAUAUCAGGUUAACAUUUCAACGUUGGAUGGACAAACUCCUCUCUCAGAAGCCUCUUCUGGUGGUCAUGUGACAUGUGUAUCGCUGCUCCUAAAACAUGGAGCGACCCCCGCAGGGAACAGCCAGACCAUCUCUCCAAUCCACAGGGCAGCAGCAAAAGGUUAGAGGUCACAUUCUGCCGCAUAUGCUCGCACAAUCUAUGCCGAUCCACCGUUUCAGCGUACUAAAACCGAACAAAGGAGCCCAAAACAAAAGAAGAGCUCAGAGAAAUGUAUAAUGUAUUCAGGAGGAGCCUGUGUUUUUAUAGCCUUCAAAGUAAGAUGAUUACACAUUCUUCCCAGGAGAGUCUGAGUGCGAGCUGAUUUCAAAGAAAACCUUUCAAGUGCAUCACUUCUCAUUGUGAUGACUCUGGUAACUCUGUCUAGGUCACUCAGAGUGCAUUGAGAGCCUCGUUCAGCACGGAGCAGAUGUGGAUCAUUACACCGACCAAUCAGGUACCCCUCUCCACGUGGCCUGCUCCAAUCAGCAUCUGGGUGCUGUGAGGAAACUGCUUCAACUUGGUGAGAAUCCUUUCGAGUAAACUUUUAAACUCUCAGAUAAAUUAAUACUUUGAAGUUGAGGAGGAGGCUGUGGUUAUACAGCAGUUCGGUAAUAGUUGGUGCUUAAGAGCCCUUACAGGUGAUAGACAAGGCCGCACAGUAGAUGCAGCAUGACUGCAUGAAGUUAGUUAUCACAAUUUUACUGCAACAAAUACUUGAGAUUGGUAUUAAUUUAGUUUUUUUCAUGCGCUGACUUCAUAAUAAUUAAACAUAUAUAGAAUAAUAAUAAUUGCUGUUCAGUCGUAUAGGUCAUAAUUUCAACACAAGGCAUGCAUCAAAUGGUUAUUUCACACUUCCACUCACCAAUACUAACUCUGGACAGUGUACUGUCAUGUUCAGAGGUACGAAAAAAUGGAAAUAGUCAUUACUGUCAUUACAAGGUUAACCAGUGUUUAAAAAGAAGGUAUACCAAUAUCUAAUGACCCAGACUUACUGAAAUAAGAAACAGAACACCUAGACUAGACUGCGACAACAUACAAUACAUGCCAGUGGGAUUUUGAUUACUAGUGCAUUUAUUUUGGCAUUUAUUGGUGUCUGUUGUAAUUGGAAAUGUAAUGUCAUCAUAAUUCUUGUUUUAGUUAUGAUUUGAACAUUUUGUAUAAUUCUCCUCUGGACUUUUAUCAUUUUAAUGUACACGUAUGUUUACUGUCUUCUUGUGGACCCCAGGAAGAGUAGCUGCUACCUAAGUAGUAGCUAAUGGGGAUCCAAACAAACAAACAAAUAAAUAAAAAAUAAAUAAUAAGAAAAUAAUGAUUGUCUUUAUAUGCCACCUAUAAAAACAUGGACAUACGAGCAAAAAUACAAUGUUUUAUAUAAGAAAUACAGUGGGUUCACUGUAUGAUGCUCCAGUAUAGGAGAAAAGUGAUUGGCAGAGUCCCCUCCCCAGCUGUUACAUAAUGUGAGAACAUCAUACCUCAUUAGUUUGCUCAACCCUUCAGGUGCUGCUGUGAACAACCAUGUGUCUGGAGACUCUCCACUGCACAUCGCUGCUCUUCUGUCCAGCCCUGAGCUGGUGUCUGUCCUGCUUGACCACGGAGCCAACUGCUCCCUCAGGAACUCAGAGGGCAAACAGCCGCAGGACCUCACAGCGCCAAACAGCCUGGUGGAGAGGCUGCUGAGACAAGCAGGAGGUAUUUCAUCCAAACUUACCAAGUAGUGGGAGUUUUCAUGGCCUUUACAUCAGAGUUAAUAAUCAAAACAUCUCUCUAUCACUAUCAUGGCCCUGCCUCUCUCCUCGUGCUCACCCAGGAGUGUCUCCACUGAAGCAGCUGUGCCGGCUGCACAUCAGACAAACUGUGGGGAAGCACAGACUGGGUGGGAUUCAGGACCUCCACCUUCCCGCAGAAAUGAAACGCUAUCUCCUCCACCAAACAGACCCAAGGGAGGAUCAGAUGGACUGAGGAAUCCAAUUAUCCUAAGCAUUUCACUUUUCUGACAGCAGGGGGGGUACUUACACAAUCUGGCAGAGAGAGGACUACGCCAUGGCUCCUGAAGAUUGUAAUUAACGAUAAUCCUCCUGUGAGAGCGACCUCUGUAAACAAACUGGCUCACAAGAUGAAUCUGGAUUUUCCUGAGAAAACUGAAGAGUCUUGGAGCAAACUUGUGUCAUUAAAUUUUCAUUAAAGAUAUACAUAAAGUUUUUAAAAUGAAAAUGAGGGACCAUAAUGUUUGAGAAAUGAUGAAUAAUUGAUGCAAAACAAACAUACUAAAGCAACAUUUUAUUACAAUAAUGAAACUUUAUUGUGUUGUAAUUAGUUUUUGAUGCUGUUGUAUUAAAAUGUUUAAACUUACAUAUGUGAGAAGAUUUCUUAAAAUAGUUUAUUUGUUUUCAUUAAUCGC